GCCAACUCAACCGGUCGCUUCCACACACCCACGUGGCUCAAGUGGAGAAGAAGAAGGCGGGGUCAACCAAAGUUCAGAGGGUGUCGUCUUGGGCGAUGGCGGAAGGUUGUAGAGAGAAAGUGAGGCAGUACAAGGUCGAAGACGAAGGAAUACCGACUAACACGACCAAAGAUCAGGCGCUGGUUGAAGGGAGUGUGGCGUCGAUAUAUGAGCGACUGAGGGAUGCAGAGAUAGCAGAAGAUAUUCAGUUGAUGAAGAGAAAGCAUGCAGUUUACCUGCUGAGAGGCAUACGAACUCUCUCUCAUCCUUUCGAGUGCCUGGACGCCAGUCAACCGUGGCUGGUGUACUGGAUCGUCCACUCCAUGAGACUUUUGGGGAUGCCCCUGGGGGACGGGCUCGUUAACGACAUCACCGAAUUCUUGUCUCGUUGCCAGGCACCGUCCGGAGGAUUUGGAGGGGGUCCGGGGCAGUUACCUCACCUCGCGCCAACGUAUGCAGCUGUCCUCUCUCUCUGCUCACUGGGGAAGGACUCUGCCUACAAGAUCAUCGACAGACCUGCUCUGCAGCGGUUUCUGUUCCACAUGAGGCAGGAGGAUGGAAGUUUCAUCAUGCACGACGACGGAGAGAUCGACAUUAGAGGUGCCUACUGUGCCAUAGUGUGUGCGGUCUUGACCAACACAUUCUCAGAGGAACUCUUCUCACGGACGGCUGACUGGAUAUCCAGCUGUCAGACCUACGAGGGAGGCUUUUCUGCUGUUCCCGGUACUGAGGCCCACGGUGGAUACACGUUCUGUGGGUUUGCAGCUCUCUCGCUACUUCAGAAAACUCACCUGUGUGAUGCCAGGAGAUUAUUGAGAUGGACAUGUAGAAGACAGAUGAAAGUGGAAGGCGGUUUCCAGGGUCGUACCAACAAACUAGUCGAUGGUUGCUACUCUUUCUGGCAAGGAGGGGUUUUCCCUCUCAGUUUACCAGUCAUUAAAAGAAGAAAACAAGGAACUUCUGACAGAAUGUUGGCAUUUCAACCAAGAGGCAUUGCAGGAGUACGUUCUCUACUGUUGUCAGCAUCCCGAAGGUGGCCUGAUUGACAAACCUGGGAAGACUCCGGAUUUCUAUCACACCUGCUACUGUCUCAGUGGGCUCUCGGUUGCUCAGCAUUGCUACGGAAACCGCACAAUCAUCGACAUCACUAAUGACCCAGAUUCUAUUUUGCAACCAACACAUCCUGAAUUCAACAUAGUGGAAGAGCAAGCCCAGCUGGCCAGGGACUAUUUCAACAGACAAGCUGCACCCAAACUACUGCAUUUAGCCAGCAAUAGCUGAUAGAUAUACAAGUGUUUGUGAAUUAAACACUUGCGCAUGCGCGUUUUUCUUCGGUAGGCUAUAAAUAGAAGUUUAUGUGGGCGUGGUUUCUUCACGUGAUUGCUGUAAUGAAUCGUCAUUAAUGGGAAGGAUAUCGGGUUCGCUUCGCAUUCCUCUGGACAAAGAAGUGUUGGCUUUAGGGAGGCAGUUCGAGUUUGUGAAGGAAUACUAAUCCAAGAAAGCUCAAGAUGCCAGUGUCUUUCUUCCCAAGUGCCGAACAGGCGGACGAAAAGGCGCCCGGAACGGCAAAGAAGCGACGUCGCAAGCAGAACGACGAGAUAGGCGAGCUGGGAGAGCUCCUUCCCUUCCAGGGAGGGGGAGGGAGGUCGUUGGACAAGCUGUCAAUUCUGAGGCUUACGACUUCUUACAUCAGAUUCCAGAACUUCAUGACUAUGUCAUAUGGUGAGAAUGGAACCCACAAGGAGAAUGUUCUGACAAAUCUGAUAGACCAGGCAAUGGAUGGGUUCCUGAUGGUCAUUGCCAGUGAUGGUGUGAUCCUGUACGCCAGUGAGAACAUAGAGUCCUUUGUGGCCCUCAGUCCUCGCGACGUGAUUGGUCACUCUCUCCACGACCUCGUCCAGUCAGAACAAGACAGCAACACCAUCACCAAAAAUCUUGAACCAAAAGGUAACCAGCUGAACCAGCAUCGGAUGUUUUACAUUCGAUUGCGCAAUGCCGUCACUCCCGGCCAGGUCAAAGUCUCCCGCUACAACACCAACCUGUCACUCCAGCUGAACGGACACCUGAAGGUAGUACGCGACCACUCCCUGAACAUCACGUUCAGCAAGCUCUCCCCCGAGCUGGCAGACGACCCGGAUUUCCAUGACAAAGUGGUCCCCCAGCGACCGCAUGUUCUAGGUCUCAUCGUGGAAUGUCGUCCCAUCGAAGCCGUCCCGUCCAUCCUGGAGUUGGAGGUGCCACAGAUUUCGUUCACAAGUACCGUCGGUCUGGACAUGAAAAUACAGAGUGUUGACACUCAGGUAACAGAUAUUCUGGGCUAUGACCCGAAGGAUUUAGUCGGGAGCACAAUGAAGGACUAUUUCCAUCCGUCGGACUUUGCAAGACUCAUGCCCUGCAAGAUGCUGUUGCAACGGACGGGCUAUGCCUGCAGUCCGAUGUUCAGGUUCAUGACAGCAUCAGGCGACUGGUCCUGGGUACAGCUGGAAGGGACCAUGAGGUUCGAUAAGGAGACGCGCAAACCGAAACACCUCGAGACAGUCAUCAAGAUAAUCAGUCAAUCUGCGGGUACUCUCAAGUACAUCGAACAAAAGGAGUUCUACAGCCACGGAAGAACCAACAACUCCAUAGUCUCUCUCCAUCCCGAUCCAUACGACUCCUUCGUCCCCGAGAAACCGGUCCGUCAAUCACACGAACCCAUCGUAGCGGGGCUCCAGGAGGCCAGCGUGGCUAAACAAGCCAUUGCCGCUGUGCUGCACGGUCGAGAACUCGGGCUGUCUGCACUCCCCAGCCUUCUGACGGACGUGGUUUCUUCAGCGGAAGAGGCCGAAAGGUUGGAGGACGAGAACAAGAAGAGGUUCAGCAAGAUCGAUUUCAGCCAGUUUAAAGAAGGGGAGAAGAUUCAUCCAAUGUGCAUCAUGCACAUGCUGAAGGAAAUGAAGGAGGAUGAAGAGCUCGCACAGUGUGCUGCAAGUGCUCCGAGCCCCGCCCCCUCUUCGGUGUCGCAAAUUAGCUCGGUUCCAUCUGAAAUGACCCCAGUUUCAGCUGUUAGUGACAGCCACAUUCCGAGUCCACAUUCCGUUCCUCUAUUCGGUCAGCAGUCCGGUCCCGGCAUGGCUCCAAGCCCUCAGUCGAGUUUGGGUUUCGUUCCCAGUCCUCAUUCUGCCAGCGGUCUGGUUCCCAGUCCGCAGUCUUCGACCGGUCUCAUUCCCAGUCCUCAUUCUUUUAUGGGUCCCAUCCCCAGUCCCCAUUCUGCUUCCGGUCUGGUUCCCAGUCCCCAGUCUGUGUCCAGCAUGGCAGCGAGUCCCCAGUCAGCUCCACCCAGUGUUCUGUACAGCAUGUAUGAGACUAUAGCCAGCCCAGACUCUGGGAUUGACAGUCCGACUUCUGCCGGGAGUGACUCCGCCUCUAGCUUCCAGUCUCAUUCCCAGAUCCCAAACACCCAUGUCUCCAUGCUUCCAGUCUCCCAGUCUUUCGUUCCCAGUCCAGCCUCUUAUCAGUUUCAGCCUCAGACAACAAACAUACCAUCAGCCUUCAAUUUCACUACUCAACAACACAACAACAACAACAAUUUCAGCUUCCACCUAUCUCCAUGGCUGGCUCCAUUUCCGAUAAGACACUUGAAAUGUUGCUAA